AUGUACCCGGAUCUAUACAAGGGGCUGAACUUAAGGCCGGAGGAUUUGACUGCUUAUGACUCUCCCUUUAUCAGCUUCGAGGGAAAGACAGUUGUACCAAAAGGGCAGAUCAGAUUACCCAUCCAGACCGGGUCAGAGGUAGUGGAGGUGGACUUUAUCGUGGUCGAUGCCUACUCGCCCUACACGGCGAUAGUAGCCAGGCCAUGGAUCCAUGCCCUAGAGGCCGUGUCUUCCACACUUCACCAAAAGGUGAAAUACCCGUCCGGAAGCCAAGUGGAAGAGAUUCGUGGAGAUCAAGCCAUGGCUAGGCAAUGUAUGGUGGCCGCCAUCUCACGUUGGUCCAGGGCCGAGUCCUUGGCUCCUGAAAACUUAUAG